AUGAAUGCCAACGUUGAUGUAUUUGCUUCACCAAAACAUCAUUCCUUAUUUCCUAUGGCAAUUCCAUGCCUUACCAUCUCCAAAGAAGAUUACCAUAUCUUUUACCGUAACGAGCGUCGAUUAUUUUCUCUCUUGGUUGUAAUUCUACGCCGAGAGAUUGCUCAAUCGAUACUUGUGUUGGGCUUUCUUCUAUGGCUAGAGAGAGAAGGAUACACCUCUAAGAAUCUUGUUACAACCAUCGGUAAAUGGGUGUGCACAGGCUUCAUAGAUUUGGUUAUUGAUGAUGUGGUUAUAUGCUUAAAGUGCAUAGAGAAAAAAGAAAAUAAGUUACUCUUAGAGGGAGGUAGCAAGAGACUUGACAUGAUUUCCCUUAAUAAUCAUUUGGACCGAAAAAGGAUAUCUUUACUUGAGUUACAUGAAAAUUGUGAUAGGAUUUUCACCGAGGUGUCGACUUUAGCAAAUGAUGUUUGUGCUAAGGCGCUUGGCGACAUUUUGCAACAGUUUUCGAGGCAUGGCUUAGGUCCUAUUGUUCCAUCUACUUAUGAUGUAUACAACUAUCUUAGAUUUCAUCGCAACCCAGGGCCUGCGAUACACGAAUAUUGGCCGGCAGUUCCUUUCGGAAACACAAAUUGUGCGAUGCCAAAUCCACUAGAGCAAGAACAUGAGGUAUCACCAGACGAUCGAACCAUAUUCCUCACAUUUUCAAAAGGGCAUCCCAUUUCUGAAAGUGAAAUUAAAGAUUACUUCACUAGUUACUUUGGGGAUUUCAUUGAGGAGAUUUACAUGCCCGAUGUCGGGCCAGACAAGCAAGCUUUGUAUGCUCGAAUUGUUGCUUGCUCGCGCUCGAUGGUGAAAAUUAUUGUUGAGAGAGAUGAUCGUGAUGGAAAAUCAAAAUACUACAUUAACGGGAAGCAUGUUUGGGCGCGGAAAUAUGUGAAGAAGAAGCCUGUUAAGGUUGCAUCAACUAUGCCAGCCAUAGCACCACCACAACCUUAG